AUGUUUUGUUCACAUUGUGCGCGCGCAAGUACAUGUAGUUCUCAUUUUGGAGCAGAGCGCGCGCUAACAGGAACCGGAACACCCUUUCAAAUAUCUAAGUAUCCCUCCGCCGAUGUUCUGUUUCAAUAAAUAUAACCCGUGACAGAGAAAUAACAAAACAAAUAAUCAUUGAAAUUGGCUGCACGACACGGUGAGAUGAAAAUCAAACUAGUUAAGGCAUUUAUUCUGUACCAAAACAUGGCAAAGAGGUCUAUUUUUCACGGCGGUAGCUCUUUUCCUCCCUACCUCUUAACCUCUGAUGACGUUUAUGGCGCCAGAAAUCAAGGGUUUAGUGUUUGAGCUGGUGUGUGUGUGAGAGCGUUUGUGUGUGUGUCUGUGUCAGCUGCUGGAGUUUAACCGUUCUGUGUGUUAUGUCAGCGGGACCGUGAACACAGAUAACAGGCAGGACUGUAACAGGUAAUCCGUGGUUGGUGAAAGUGUGAGGUCGGUUUAGAGUCAACAUGGUGAUCCUACGCAGCAGCAGCGGUGGUGCUGUUGGAGCAGAGUCGGGGGCAUCCACUCCUAAAAGGAGGAUCCUGGAUCUGGAUAGCAGCGCCGAGUUCCUGUCGCUGCUUCCCGCGUCGCAGAGAAAGUCCGCCCGGGUGACUCGGUCCUCCCGGGCCCUGGAUGACAGCUUCAGCAGCCCGGACCACAGCUCGGCCAAUGGACACGCAGAUAUGAAGCCAGAUGAAGGAAAUGGUCUCCAGCACUCUCUGCGGACCCGGGGACAGAGAGUCAAACUCGAGGUCUCUUUUACUGAGAUGGAUCAAAAGACCAGCUCUCCUGUGAAUGAGGAAAAGACUGGAGGAAGCUGCACCAGGAAAUCUUCCAGGCUGCAGAGGGAGGGGAAAGCAUCCAGUGGCAAACAACAAGCAGAUGUUCCAGAUGAAGUGGAGGGCUCGUCCACCCCUAAGAGGAGCCGCUUCAACCUACAGAGCCAUGAUGAAGAAGAAGAGGAGGAGGAAGAGGAGGACCAAUCUGUGCGACGAAGUUCAAGAAUCACUAGAUACAAACGGCGCUCACGCAACCAGUCGGUGCUUUACGACCGCCUCAUCACCAAUACUGCAGAAGCUGUUCUCCAGAAGAUGGAUGACAUGCAGAAGAUGAGACGCAGACUGAGGAGCAGAGACACUGGAGAAGAGCUGGGCAUGUACACCAGAGGCAGGAUGAGGAGGUCUCUGAGGACGGAUGUGGAGAGCAAAGACACAGAGAAGGAGAACCAAGGAGAGGAUGGGGAUGACCAUCAUGAUGAUGAUGAUGAAGAGGAGGAGGAUAGAGAAGAUGAAGAGGAGGAAGAAGAAGAAGAUGAGGAUGAAGAUCGCGAGGAUGAGGAUGAGGAAGAAGAGAAUCAGAGGCGUUAUGACUUCAGACAGCGGAAGACGGUGGUUCGCUACCAGGCUCCACAGGACGAGCCCAGAGAACCCAGAAAACGCAGCAUGUACUUCAAAGAUCACUCGUCUCCGACCAGACGCAGGUUUCGAUUCAGCUCCACGGCCCCCAGGAGCCCCUACAACAGGAGAAGACCCAGCAGGAGGAGACAUGCCUUUCACAGCAGCGACUCCACUUCCUCAUCUUCAGAUGAAGAGCAGUUCCAGAGACGGAGGAGUAAGAACAGGAGCAGGUCGGUCAACAGAUGUCUGCCCUUUAACUUUGUGAAAGAAGACCUGCUGGGAAUCCACAAGGACAGGAUGAAGAUUGGGGCGAGCCUUGCUGAUGUGGACCCCAUGCAAAUAGACAAAACGGUGCGGUUUGAAAGUAUUGGAGGUUUGAGUCGACACAUCUCAGCGCUGAAGGAGAUGGUGGUCUUCCCUCUUCUCUACCCAGAAGUCUUUGAACGGUUCAAGAUCCAGCCUCCAAGGGGUUGUCUCUUUUACGGUCCUCCGGGCACGGGGAAAACCCUCGUAGCCAGAGCGCUGGCCAAUGAGUGCAGUCAGGGGGAACGAAAGGUGUCGUUCUUUAUGAGGAAAGGAGCGGACUGUCUCAGUAAGUGGGUGGGAGAGUCUGAGAGACAACUACGACUGCUUUUUGAUCAGGCAUACCAAAUGCGUCCGUCCAUCAUAUUCUUCGAUGAGAUUGAUGGUUUGGCUCCAGUUAGAUCCAGCCGCCAGGACCAGAUCCACAGCUCCAUUGUGUCGACACUGUUGGCUCUCAUGGACGGGUUAGAUGCAAGAGGAGAGGUUGUUGUGAUCGGAGCUACAAACAGACUGGACUCCAUCGACCCAGCUCUGAGAAGACCGGGGCGCUUUGACAGAGAGUUCCUCUUCGGCCUGCCUGACAGAGAGGCAAGGAGGGACAUUCUGAAGAUCCACACCAGACAGUGGACUCCAGCACCCUCAGAGAGCUUUCUGGAAGAGCUGGCUGAUAAAUGUGUUGGUUACUGUGGAGCAGACAUCAAGGCUGUGUGUUCAGAGGCCGCUCUGUGUGCACUGCGGCGGCGCUACCCACAAAUCUACGCCUCAUCACAGAAACUUGUGCUCGAUGUCAACUCCAUCACUAUCACAAACAAAGACUUCAUGUGUGCCAUGUCCAAGAUGGUGCCUGCUGCUCAGAGGGCAGUAGUGUCACCCGCCAAGGCCCUGAUACCGGCCAUUCGUCCUCUGCUGAGCGCCGCCCUGCAGCACAUCCUGCACAACGUCAGCAGAGUGUUUCCACACGCUGAGCAGGGGUUGAAGAGGAAGAGGGAACAAGAUGCGACCUGUGGUGUGUCUGAGGACGAGCUGGUGUUCAGUGAGGAUGAGGACUCAGAGGUCCUCUCCGGUGGACAGACCAAUCUCUCCCAACUCAGAACACCUGCAGCAAAGGGACUUCUCAGCCUCGGCAGGAGCGUGCUGAGCCAUCCCACCUCAUACCGCCCCAGACUGCUGUUAGAGGGCAGGCCGGGCUCAGGUCAGAGCUCCCACCUGGCUCCUGCUGCCCUUCAUGCUCUGGAGAAAUUCACUGUGUACACGCUGGACAUGGCUGUGCUGUUUGGAGCCAGCGCCACUGCACCAGAAGAGACGUGUGCUCAGAUCUUUGUGGAAGCGAAGCGGACCUCACCCAGUGUCCUGUACAUCCCUCACAUCGGACAGUGGUGGGAGACUGUAGGUCCAGCUUUGAAAGCCACCUUCCUCAGUCUACUCAGCUCAAUCCCGGCCUUUGCCCCUAUCCUGCUUCUGGCUACAUGCAGCCUGCGAUACGAUCAACUCAGCGUGGAGCUGCAGGAGUUGUUCCGAUUGGAGUACGGAGAGGUUUUCCACGUCCAGGUCCCCACCAACAGAGAGAGAAGAAACUUCUUUGAGGAUUUGAUCCUCAAUCAGGCAGCAAGGGCCCCUGCGUCUAGAAAGAAAGCUGUGCUCCGUGCUUUGGAGGUUCUUCCUGUUGCCGCUCCACCUCCUCAACGGCAGCUAACAGAAGAGGAGACCCAACGAUUGGAGGAGCAGGAGGAAGGUACCCUCAGGGAGCUUCGCCUCUUCCUGCGUGACGUCACCAACCGCCUAUCUCAAGAUAAACGCUUCAAAGCUUUCACAAAGCCUGUGGAUUUAGAAGAGGUUCCAGAUUACGCAGAGGUGAUCGAGAAGCCAAUGGACCUCUCCACGGUUCUUUCAAAUGUCGACCGUCAUAAGUACGGGACUGUCAAAGAGUUCCUUCAGGAAGUGGAUCUCAUCUGGCAGAAUGCCCUGGAGUACAACCCAGACAGGGACCCCUCAGACCGCCAGAUCCGGCACAGAGCGUGUGCAUUGAAAGACACAGUCCAUGCCAUCAUCAGAGAUGAACUGGAUGAAGAUUUUGAGAAGAUUUGUGAGGAGAUCAAAGUGUCACGAAGCACAAGAGAUUGCUCUUCCGUCAGGUUCGCUCCGUCCUUCUACCACGUCCUUCCUAAACAGUCCAGACUUCCUGCUGAGGUCAAGAUCACUGAAAUGCCUCUACAAAGAGAGCCAGCUAGACCAACAGCUGCCAUCACUCCAACUUCUAGUGCCUCUGCUGGUGCAGCAUUUAAAAACACAGUCCAAAAGAAGAAAAGGAGGAGAAGUCGCUGGUCUGCAGGUGUCUACGCAAAGAAGAAGUCUUCCUCCUCUCCUCACACCUCCAGAGAUGAUGCACACAUGGGGUCUGAUGAUGAAGAGGAAGAUGGGGAUGAUGAGGAGGAGGUUGAGAGGGGAGAAGCAGCAGAGUGUAAUGAGGGGACCGGGGAAGAGGAUGAUCAGAUGGUGGUGGAUGAAGAGUCAGGGCCUGCAGCAGUUCAGGAGGGAAGCUCUUCAAAGGAGGACAGUGAGGAGGGGACUGAGGGAAAGAGUGAAGCUGUUGAAGACGAGGUCAGCGUGUGUGAAACAGAGAAACCUGAAAGUGAAGAGAAGACAAAGGAGGAAAAAGAAACCGGGGAUGAAGCUUCCCCAGAUCAUCCAGGACAGUCAGGAGAAAACAGUGAGGUGUUAAAAGAGGGCAGAAUGGAGUGCAGUGAAACUAUUACAGAGAACACUAACAAGGACAGAAACACUGAGAAAGAAGAAGAUACUAUAGUUCAAUCCAACAAAGAGGAGAGGAAGGAAAUCAACAGCCAGGAGCCCACACAAACUGGGACUGACAAAUGUCAAACUGCAAUCGAGGCGGAUGAUGGGAGCAACUACAUAGAAGCUACAGAGGAGGCAGAGCAGCACAUCCCCCCUCAACCACUAAUGACUGCAGAGGAGGCAGAGCAGUGCAUCCCAGCUGAACCAAUGGAGUUAGAAGCAGCAGAAACUUCAGUUGGAAAUGUGGCCUCUGCAGCUUCCAGAGGAGAAGAGGACACUGGAGCAGAGCGGAGUAUGAGGCGCAUAACCCGAGCUCUGAAGAACACGGUGCAGCAGCAGCAGAUGAUCAAUGUGGACAAAGCUCUGCAGAUCCUGGACCAGGAAACUCCUGCUCUGGUGGUGGAUAAAGUCAAACUGAAGGAGCUUUUGGAGAGAGUCGUGUCCAAGACUGACGGUUACGAGGUCUACAAGCUGGAAAAACUCUACGCUUUACUCUGCCAGAGCAUCUAUAGACACAGACGAGACUACAACAAAACUGCACUCACACAGGAGUUGGAACAAGAGAUCGAGGACUUCUGCAGAAACGGUGUGACCGUUUUUUAAUAACAAUGGUCACCAUAUUCUUAGCUUUGUAAAUACACAAACACUUGUUCUAUUUUCUUAGACGUUUACUUAACCCUCUAUUUGUGCAGUAGCUAAAUCUUCCUAUCACAUUUUUGUUUAUAUUUAAUUAAAUGUUUUUUGUCUUAA